CGUCAUACAUAAUCACGAGAUUUUGUGAAGUGAUAAAAUUGAAAACAGAGGUCAUUAUUAAAUAAAACUAAACCAUAUGAACUGAAAAUUCUUAAGAAAGAUAGAGAAAAUGUUGUUAAUGUUAAAUAUUGCUGUAUAACAUUGAAAUUAUCAAUUGGAUUCUAAAUGUCAGUGACUGAAACAUGAACUCGAAAUCAUAAAACAUUUUCAUUUAUAAUAAAAAAUGGAUAUAAAUAAUUUGCCUUUGGAAACAUUUGUUGAAAUACUGAAGAGAACCGAUGGAUACAGUGUAGGAAAGUGUCGACGAGUGUGUAAACAGUGGAAAGAGAUCAUUGACGUGACGAGCCUACUGUGGCAAGAGUUUUGCAGGAAAGACUUCAAACAUGCGUCUACAAUCGCCAAAAGGAAAGUCGGCGACGAUGUCCAGUGGUACCACAUCUACAAAAACCUAACAAUGUGGUCAACAAAAACAUCGGAUGUCGAUAAAGAAUUACGAGAGUUUUUCAAGUUCAAUGAAGAGGAUACUUUGCAUGCUCUCGAGACGGAUUAUAAUCUAUUACCUCUGCGGGAUAAUCGAGGAUUCGUUCUUUAUGAAAUUACUACAUUGAAGUACCUACCAGUUGCAGUACCAGAGAAACACUGCCUAAAAAUCUCGCACAACACCUGUGCAUCAGCAAUUUUAACAAAAUCUGGUUUAUACCUGCAACGGUCUGUUGAGAAUCCAGCCCACACUUCCGAAGCAUUCUUCCAAGCAGACAAUUUCAUCCUGACCAAAGAUGCACUGUACUUCUACAAAGACCGUGAUGUUUUUAAAUGUCUACUAACUUUAGAAAAAAUACCAUUGAAACUUAUACUUAGAUGUGAUUAUGAUAUCAAAGAAAUGAAAGUUAGUGAUGAUAUAGUUUAUAUAUUUACUAGAUGUGGUAAAAUUGUAACCAUAAGUAAUGACAAGAAUUUGUCUGUAAAGCCGAUAAAUAUCCCAGUUGAGUGGAUACAACACAUAAAACACAUCUGUGCAUUAGAUGAUAAGAACUUCAUAUGUUAUUCGCGCCGUCUUUUCAAAAUAGAAACUGACAAAUACCAACAUUUGUACCUGGAUUUUCCACCAAUCAGUGCUUUGUUUUUCUAUAGUGACUUCGUAAUUAUUGGCACGACUACGUCUGAAAUACUGUUGUAUAGAUUAUUUUGCCAGGAAAGGAAUACAAAGCCGUCUUUUGAAGUUCUAGCUACACUGCCUGAUGGAAAAUAUGCUGUACAUUUGGAUAUUUGUGAGAGGAAAACAGGACCAUUAAUCAUAAUCGGAACACAUCUUGAAAUUAUACUUCUGGAUUUAGAGUUCUUUCCACAUGAAACACCAGGCAAAAUAUCAUUUCCUCCAAACAAACUUGCCAUGUACAAAAGGAUGUUGAAAUUAAGGGACAGAUUGAAAGCAAAACAAUAAUGUGUAGCAGAAACACUUGUGAGAUAAAAUUCUUGUAGAUCCUGGUCCAGAUUUUGCGCUUGGUAUCAAAGCCAAUCAGGAGCAGGAACCUUCCGCGUGGGAUCUCAAAUAAGUUCGCAAUUUGUGUCGUUCUUAGGUGUCUAUGGAUGCUAACAACGAUAAAAAAUAGGCGUGCAUGGCGACAUAAUUAUUGCGCCUACAAAAUGCACGAUAAUUAUUAAAAAAAAAACAUAAAAAUAUGUUUGCCUAGUUGUUCUCCUAUUGUCAGCCUUUAAUUACGGUCCUGGUGAAAGAUCUUUUCAAGACAAGUUUAUGCAGUCUCGCCCAUAAUUCCUAUCGUGGUUGGCAGAACUAGAACUCAUCAGUUAGACAACCAGCUGAAUUACAUUAAAACCCUUUACAAAUUGUUUUUGUUCCUAAGCUUAAGUAUUUAAUUGGAGUAUACAUAAAUUGCCUAUAUACGUCGCACUGCUGGGCACAGGCCUCCCCUCAAUCAAACGGAGGGGGUAUGGAGCAUACUCCACCACGCUGCUCCACUGCGGGUUGGUGGAGGUGUUUUUACGGCUAAUAGCCGGGACCAACGGCUUAACGUGCCCUCCGAAGCACGGAAUCAUCUUACUUUUUCGGACAAUCAGGUGAUUCAAGCCUGAAAAGUCCUUACCAAACAGGACAGUCUCACAAAGUGAUUUCGACAAUGUCCCCAUCGGGAAUCGAACCCGGACCUCCAGAUCGUGAGCCUAACGCUCUAACCACUAGACCACGGAGGCUGUUGAUUUAAUUGGUGUAUUUAUUGUCAAAUAACUUUAAAAGAAAGAUGUUUUUAAUUUAUUGUUCUAGGUAUCUUAUUCCUUGUAAAUUAUGUGCAAAUGUGAUUUUUGUGAGUAAAACAGUCUAUAGGUAUUGUUAAUUGAGAUUGGGUCUUCAUAGUUUAUAGGGAAAUAAAUUAUUAACUUUUAAUAA